UCCGCGCAUCCUCCGGCACCGCCGAGCCGCGCCGAGCCGCGCCGGGCCGAGCCCAGCGGGACGAUGAGGGGCAUCCCCUGCUUCUGCACCCUGAUCCUCCUGGCAGGCAUGGCAGCGGCCGCGGGCCCCAGCAGGGACUGCCUGCAGGCGGGCGAGGCGUGCACCACGGACCCCGUGUGCAGCGCCAAGUUCCGCACGCUGCGCCAGUGCAUCGCGGGCAACGGCGCCAACAAGCUGGGCCCCGACGCCAAGAGCCAGUGCCGCAGCACCGUCAGCGCCCUGCUCUCCAGCCAGCUCUACGGCUGCAAGUGCAAGCGCGGCAUGAAGAAGGAGAAGCACUGCCUCAGCGUCUACUGGAGCAUCCACCACACGCUGAUGGAAGGCAUGAAUGUCCUGGAGAGCUCCCCUUACGAGCCGUUCAUCAGGGGCUUUGAUUACGUCCGGCUGGCCUCCAUCACUGCAGGCUCUGAGAACGAGGUGACACAGGUGAACCGGUGCCUGGAUGCCGCCAAGGCCUGCAACGUGGACGAGAUGUGCCAGCGGCUGCGCACAGAGUAUGUCUCCUUCUGCAUCCGCCGCCUGGCACGGGCCGACACCUGCAACCGCUCCAAGUGCCACAAGGCCCUGCGCAAGUUCUUCGACCGCGUGCCCCCCGAGUACACCCACGAGCUGCUCUUCUGCCCCUGCGAGGACACGGCCUGCGCCGAGCGCCGGCGCCAGACCAUCGUCCCCGCCUGCUCCUACGAGUCCAAGGACAAGCCCAACUGCCUGGCACCUCUGGACUCCUGCCGGGACAACUAUGUCUGCAGGUCGCGCUACGCAGAGUUCCAGUUCAACUGCCAGCCGUCCCCUCAGGCCGCCAGCGGCUGCCGCAGGGACAGCUACGCCGCCUGCCUGCUGGCCUACACCGGCAUCAUCGGCAGCCCCAUCACCCCCAACUACAUUGACAACUCCACGUCCAGCAUCGCUCCCUGGUGCACCUGCAACGCCAGCGGGAACCGGCAGGACGAGUGCCAGAGCUUCCUGCACCUCUUCACCAACAACAUCUGCCUCCAAAACGCCAUUCAGGCCUUUGGCAAUGGGACUCACCUGAACACAGCCGUGGCCCCGUCCAUCCCCCCCACCACACAGAUGUACAAGCAGGACAGAAAUGCCAACAGAGCUGUGGCGACCCUCAGAGAGAACAGCUUGGAGCACCUCCAGCCCACCAAGGUGGCUGGAGAGGAGAGGCUCCUGCGUGGCUCCACUCGUUUGUCCUCAGGCACCUCCAGCCCAGCAGCCCCUCCGUGCUGGGCGGCCUCUCUGCUGCAGAUGUGGCUCCUCCUGGCCCCUGCUGUGCUCAGCCUCCCCGUGAUGUGAGGAGGGCUGGCACUCACCCUGAGAAACUCGAUCUGUGUUGGUUUCUGUGCUCAACAACCAGACCAGUAACUUUUUCAGGAGGAGAGCAGGGAGAAGGGAGGGGAAGGGAAGGUGAGGUGAGUGUUUAGGCAUCCCUUCCUCCUCCUCACCUGUCUGCCAGUUUAUUUGAUUUUAUAUGAUCAGCGUUGUUGACAACCAGCUCAUUCCUGGUCCUGGCCACCUUUCCACACCACAGCUUGGUUGUUGUUUCUCCAGCUCUCUAUGGAUAGGCCUGAAGCCAUGGACAAUUCCCUUGGAAAAGGUGAAGGAGAGACGUGAUCCAAGAAAUGAGAGCUGCAAAGGAAAUGCUUUUUCCUGCCCCAGCCAAGAGGGGAAAGACUGUGGAUGGAUGGGUGACUGGAUGACCUGUGAGGAGGUUUCCUGAAGCCCACCCUGAGGGGCUCCUGACAGGACAUGGGGAGUUCAGACUGUCUACACGGUUCCUCAGGACCUGAAGGACAGCACACCUGGUUCCCUCAGACUGAAGAAAGCAGAAGACUGGUGGGAAGGUGGUUGGUUUUGUUCACUGGAGAGGAACCUGAAGCACCUCUGGGGAGGACCAAGUAACCACACUCUGAACUGGCUGGCAGGGAUUAUCCACCCUCUCAAAACCAUGGCCAGAGUGCAACCAGCAUCCACGUCCCAGUGUCACCUCCCCUCGGGCCCUCCCUCUUGGGGAAACCUGUGUCCUGUAUUGAUGGUAAUCAGGAAGAAACAUGUGUGUUGCAUUUU